AUGUCUCCCACGAUCCAAGACCAACGCCGCUUUGUCUCAGUGUGGCCGCGAGCCAUGGGGGUGUUGGCUAGGAUCUGGGUUUCGCUGCAGCCUGCCAGCAUUCCGAUGGGAGACGUAUGUGUUCUGCUGGAAGAAUGGGGACUAUGUUGUUAUGUGAAGCUGGUUGUUGGGAGUGUGAUCGAGGAGGCGUGUGAUCGUGAUCUGGGCACAGCUCCAUGA